CGUCCUGAAGGAACCCGGAAGUGAUGACGUGUGGCAGGGACAGGGUAGUGUGGGCUGCCGGGGCAAUCAACAGAUUGGUGGCGGAGAAUUAAUCAAUUACCGAUCCUUUGGGGGCGAAAUUGACAGAAACUGGUGCCAUGGAGGCGCUUUAUCACCAGAGUAACAAGCAGGUCCAUGAGGUUCAGUCUCACAUGGGUCUCCUGGAAACAUCUGACAGACAGUCUGUACAUCUUGUAGAGAAUGAAAUCCAAUCGAGGAUUGACCAAAUCUUCAGCAACCUGGAGCGCCUGGAAAUACUGUGCAGUAAGGAGCCCCCAAGCAAGCGUCAGAAUGCCAAGCUACGAGUCGAUCAGCUGAAGUACGACGUGCAGCAUCUACAGACUGCGCUGAGGAACGUCCAGCAUCGGCGCAUCCUGCGAGACCAACAGGAUCGAGAGCGAGAGGAGCUGCUGACCCGCAGUUACACCACCAAUGAUUCAGAGACCACCAUACACAUGGAUGAGACCCUACAGUUUAAUUCCAAUGUCCGUAAUGCUCACCAAGGCAUAGACGAUCUGCUGGGGAGCGGGAGCUCUAUACUGGAAGGGCUGAGGGACCAAAGGAAGACCUUAAAGGGGGCCCAUAAGAAGAUCCUUGAUGUGGCCAACAUGUUGGGCCUCUCUAACACAGUCAUGCGCUUGAUUGAGAAGAGAGCUUUCCAAGACAAGGUCAUUAUGAUUGGUGGGAUGCUGCUCACCUGCGUCUUCAUGAUCCUCGUGAUCAAGUACCUGACAUGAAAGUGGCGACUUUUUUACGGACACUGUCCCGGUGCUUCUCUCUCCGCUGUCACCCAAUCAGCUGUGAAGAACUGAUAUUACCACUGCAGCUGGAGAGAGGGCUUGGAGGGCCACCGGGAGUUUAAAAAAAGUAAGACUUGUACACUGGACAUUAAAGGGUUGAUUCACCUUCAAGUGAACUUUUAGUAUGUUAUAGAAUGGCCAGUUCUAAGCAACUUUUCAAUUGGUCUUCGUUAUUUUUUUUUUUUAUAUAGUUUUUGAAUUAAUUGCCUUCUUCUGACUCUCUUCAGCUUUCAAAUGGGGGGUCACUGACCCCAUUUAAAGGAGAAGCAAACUCUUUAUAAUAAAAAAAACCUAUCCCCCAGCCUUCCUGCCCUAGCAAAUGCCCCUGACUCUUUACUUACCCCUCCGCUGUCCAGCGGAGUUGACGGCAGCCAUCUUGCUCUCUUCGAUAAUCUUCGGAACAAGACCGGCGAAGCAGCAUGCGCAUUUGGAACAAUUUUCUAUUUCACAAUUGCGCAUGCGCCGAAACUCACGGGAAUGCCGAAGCGCUGGUCUCAUUCUGAAGAUUACAGAAGCGCCUAAAGAUGGCGCCCGUGAACUCCGCUGGACAGAAUCUGUAAG